UCAAUUUCUGAGAUGAAAGUCAAAAUUUGAGGGUUUUUUUCUUGCAAAUGAGUUUUUUGGCAGAAAUGUACUGAUAUUUUUCUAUGUAUAAUGUCGUUCUAGUUCACGGGCAGAAACAUUUUUAGUAUUUUGUCAUUUUCCACUAACCUGUUGCAGUUCAACUGAUUUUUGAGAAUAUUGACAAAUAACGACCUCAACCUGUAAACAUUCACCAUUCUGUCUGUUUGGUAUCAGCACUUUACAACUUCAUUUAGUUGCAAAAGUUUUCCAAAUAAAAAAAAGACUUCUGUAGUUAAAUGAAAACUUUGCACAAUGUGACGAUUAAUGGUAAGAAUAAUCGAUUAUUCUGGCAAUCAAUUGUCAGAAUAAUCGAUUGCUAAAUUAAUCAUUAGUUGCAGCCGUACAUUAAACAAAAGCAACAUCUUUUUCAGUGUAUUAUUCCACGUCUCCAUGUAUUUUCCUCCCGCUCUCUUCUCUCCUGCCUUUAAUUAGAGCUCCUGCUAGACGCCUCAUUGGCCCCAAACCUCGGGCCAAUCUUGCUGCGGCUCCUGUCGACCCCCUCAGGUGGUCCAUGUGUGUCUGAGACGAGGUUCCCAGUUAAAAACCUUCCCAUUUCGUUCAUUCUGGGCAGUCUGUAAGGAGCGCACCCGUUGAAAACAAACCACUCAGACGUCCGGAGUCUCUUCGGCUUCUUCCCACUCCAGACGGACGCAGCAGAGUCAGAAUAACCACCAGGAGUGGAAGAAGUCCAGCUAUGGCUGAACGGAGGAGCUGCUUCGCUGUUUGGAUCACUUCCCUUCUUGUUGUGAUGCUGCUGCCUGCGUUCUUGUCUGCAGGGCCGAUUCUGCAAAAGUCCCAAGGAGAUGUGGGGGAAAGCAUCCAGGAAAAGGCAGAAGCUGCAGCUUCCCACAGGAGGCUGAUCCGUAACCGCAGGAACAUCAGCUGGUACAAACAGCACUCCGACUUCUGGGCCUGGUACAAGUACUUCACAGACAACGGCAACCAGGAGGCAGUUCAGGAAAUGGACAAGAUCUAUCUGGCCUAUCUCCAGAACAAGAACCGUGCCGAGGCGCGCCGCUCCUACAAGGCCUACCUGCGCCACUUGGGGGAGAUAUACAAGUCCUGCGCCGACUCUGGCGAUCCCAACUGUGUGGCGUCUUACACAGGCCGGCCCAAAUCCAAACCAGAGCCCCCUAAACCAGCCCCCAUAAAAACAUGUGACCCAACCAAGGAUACUCACUGCUUGUAUAUGGCUCUAGUCCAGGGUAAGAGCCCCUAUCUGCCCCUGGUGGUCCCUGUUGCCCCCGCAGCACCAGUCAAGGCCCCCGCUCCUUUAUAUGUCCGUGCUGCUGCUCAGUCAAAGGAGCCGGCCCAUUAUUACUUCGCUCCAUCUGCAGUGUCCUUCCUUACCAAGGAGCAGAAGGCAGAGCUGCUGCGUAUCUGCUCUUCAGAUGACGUUGAGUGUCUGCAGUACCACCUCAGAGCUGCCUAUGGGUAUCGUGCCUCUCCCGGACCCCUACCAUCAUACAGCCACCUGGGCUGUGACCCCAAGAAAGACCCAGCCUGCAAAGCUAAACUAGCUCAAAAGGCACCUUCUGGUCUAUACCAUCAGUACUCCAACUGUGAUCCUCUCCGGGACCCUUACUGUUCCCAUGCUGCCUCUCUUGUUGCACCUCGUGCUCCCAACCCUUCAGCCCACACUGGUCCUGGAUCUUGCAACCCUCUUUAUGAAGACAACUGCAAUCCUCUGACUGCCACCAGAUUCUCUUCCCCCCCACAGGAGUACAGAGGCGAUGAACGAGACGAAGCAGCGUCUAUUCGCGCAGCUCCUCCUCCAGCUGAGCAGAAUGACCCUUAUGCCAUGUUUAGGGAUGCUUAUGCUAAUGCUAACAGAGUUACAGAUCCGUACGCAAUGUACCGACAGUAUCCGACCCCAGCCGCUCCUCAGUCUACCGAUCCGUACAACAUUCUUCGGCAGUUCAUGUCUCAAGCUCAGGAUAAUGACCCAUACGCUCCACGCAUGUCUGCUCCUGAGUCUAACCCUAACGACCCUUUCUCUGCUGUCCGAGAAGCCAUGAAUCGUCAGAGUCCUCCCUCACCCAGGCAGCAGUACCCGUUUUCCAACCCGAGUUAUGAGGAGCCGCCCCAGGAGGAGGGUCACUCUCUCGGACCUCCAGGUAAAACCAAAGAGGGCUACGACUGCUACAUUGGUUAUGACCGUGAAUGCUUCCCAGUGAGACCUAGCCAACCUCACUCCGGAGUUCCUCGCCGUACUCCCUACCCUGUUGAUCCCUACCAACCCCAUCAGAACAUAGACGGCGACCGCAGAGGCGUCCUGGAGCCAGACAACCCUCACUGCGACCCGGAGUACGACCGUGACUGCCGCCUGCGUCGCUACGAACCAGCGCAACCCCAACCUGAACUCCACACUCAGGAGGACCGCAGUCAGAGAACAGAAGAGUCUGAGCAACACGGACAAGACCAGUACGAGGCUGAGCCCUACCAGAGCGGCCAGGAAGAGCCUUAUAUGGCCUACCAGCCUCAGUCGCAGGGCACGCCCAGCCUGCAGGACAUCCUCCGGAGCUACGGAGACCGCUUCCCCGAGCAGGACGACCACAGAGCCUACGCAGACGACUACCGCAAGAAGUAAAGGUGCAGGUGAAAACAAAAGGACAUUAAACACACGGUCCCAAGCAUUCACAGUGCUCAGACCUCGAACGCCUUAUGCAGCAAGCAACCAGCUCUGACUGGUCAGGAAAUGGGACUUGGGUCAAGUCUGUAGAGCAAAUGAGCAAGAACAUGCACAUGACGUCCAGAUAUAACCUCCGGCUGCAGGAGCACGCUCAGUAACGAUGCUGAAAAUCAGUGGCUUUGUAUGACUUUAGGUGCUUCAGGCCUAUCCAGUACCUUCACUUUCUACCUUCUGCCUUCAACCUCAUUCUCGCACUAUUUCCUUAUCUUAAAUUUUACUGCUCAAUCUAUACUUCAAACCUUUUAAAGUUGUAUCUGUUGCUAUCAGUAAUUAAUUUUGUAAAAAAAAAGUUCUUCAAUUUGAAUGUUCCAAUAAAAGAAAAACACUCUAGAAUCA